AUGGAUCUCAAGGCGACGGCCCCGCCGUUUCAGCCGGGCAAGCCGUCCACACGCCCGACAAGCAGCUUCCUGCCGCCCCAUGUCCUCUCGCAGAUCCAGAACCAGAUCAGCGGCGGCAGCCCACGUCAGAACGGCAUGAUGAACGUCCACUCGAGGCCGUUCGUCCCAGGAAUGGCCCCGCCGCCGCAGCCACAGCAGCAUCACCACCAGCCGCCACCGCCCUCGGCGAUGCCCAUGCCGAUACACCACGUCUCGCACCCCUCGAUCCAGCACCAGCAUCAUCAGCACCAGCAGCAUCACCAUCACCCGCAGCAUCCUGCGCAGGCUUCGCCUUUUCAGCCAGCUUCCACGUCGCCCGUCCUGUCGCGACCCAUUCCUCCGCGGCUUGGCCACGGCAUGAACCCAGGCAGCGUGCAGCUCACGGGCCUCCAGACUUUUCUCGGCGGGCCCGGCGGCAUCCCGCUCUCGGUCAGCCCAAACUCGCAGCAGCACAUGCUCAACGGCGCCGUCUCGCCCCUGACGCCCGGCCUACCGCCGUCGAGCCCGUUCAUGUUUUCCCAGAACCAGGUGGGCGGCGGUCCACCGAGGGGCGGCAAGCACCGCAAGGGUCGCGGCCCGGCGCCCAUCACGCCUCUCAAGACGACGGGACACAACUCGACGCCCUCGGUCUCGCUCAAUCCGGCCGCAUUUGCCGCGAGCCUGCUGGCUGCCAAGGCGAAAAAGAAGGUGGUGGUCGCCAUCCCCAAGGAAGGCCCCAUCCCAGGUGACGAGGCAAUCCUCGCGCACCAGCCAGAGGCAGGAGACGCGGCAGGCGAGUCAGAGGCAGAUGCGGACCCGGACGAACCCGAGGAGAGGCGAGUGGAGAGGGUCAAGCUGCGCACCGCCAAGGAGGCUGCCGCGAUCCGCAGCAAGUGGAUCCUGCGACAGCCGCUCGAGGACGUCGAUCUCACCUGGACCGACGAGAUGCCCGGGGAAUGCAUGGUGUCGUGCGCCGUCCAUCCGGAGCCGUGGCCUGCGUCGCUCGGUCUGCCCGACACUAUCGACAUCUACCUCCCCGGUCUCAGCGCUUGGGACGAGUACCACGAGAUCCGAAUGGAGGAGAAGCUGGCCGAGGCCGAGGCCGAGGCGCGCGUCCGAGCCCUCGCGCUAGCGCAAGCGCCGCCGAGCCACGCCGACGAAGGCAUCGCCGAUGGAAACGACGACCAUGAGUACCGAGGCCCACCGUUCAACCGCGGCUGGAUGGGAACAGGAGAGCCACCGACCCCAGACCUCAGCCUGCAGCUCAGCGGUAUCGGCAACCGGAGCAAGAGCAUGUCGAUUCCGUCACCGUCAGACGCAAACAUGGCCAACUUCCGCCUCAACCGCUUCCUCGCCUCGCAGGAGGCGCCUCAAGGCGACCCGAACCUGCCCAGCGCCGAGCCCGCGAAGCAGCCGGCAGGUCGCUUCCAGGACGCGCUGCCGCUCGCCCUCCGCGAGGCGUUUGCCAAGCGGCAGGCCGAGGGCACGGAGGCCAAGACGCGGUCCGCCUCGGGCCACGGCUACACUAUGUCGCUCGGUAUGCCCAGCUCAGGCGGACCGUUUGGUCCCGCCGCCCUCAGCGCACUCGACAUGGUGCGGGCCAGCUCCGAUGCGGGUCCCACCGAGCCGGCGAUGGGUGACCGCCCCGUCCCCGAAAAGGAGAUCUCGGAACCGGACCUCGUCCAGCGCCGAAGCAGCGAGCCGAGCCUCGCCGGCAUCGACGAGGAGGCCGAGGAAGAGUCGGAGGAGGACGACCACGGCCUCCAGAGGCGCGACGCCGGCCGCCGUGCGCAGCGCAACUCGACUGUGGGCAAGGCCGCCGGCUGGAAGGAGCUUGCGCGGGGCUUCGGCUACGACCCAGAUGCCGACGACCAGGGCGAGACCGAGGCCACGCCGCGGAUGCCGUCUGCCUUUGAAGAACUCGAGACGCGCCGACACAGCCGGCAGGCCUCGCGCAUCUCGGUCAGCACAUCGCGCCAGGGCGCGGGCGGCGAUGGUCAGGACGGCGACGACGAGCUUGACGACCUCGACGAGGUCCGCACCAACCCGAGCGAGGACGCCGACACCUCGGACUUUGAGGAGGAGAUCGACUCGGACGCCGCGGCCGCCGGCGUCGACGGGCAGGCGCACUGGUCUCGCCGAGCCAACAGCCGCAAGCGUGACCUGGCGGCCGACUCCAAGCGCCAUGGCGGCGGUUACUACGAUGACCUGUCGGACAUGAGUGACGACAACCUGCGCGACUCGCUGACUCCCUCUGACGAGCAGUACAGCAACCCCUCGGACGAGGAGGCGGCGCGCGAGGAGCGCCAGAUGCGUCGCCAGCGCCGCGCUGCGUUGCGGGCCGCGCGCCACGAGACGAGACGCCAACGCGCCCGCUCCGGCACCAACAACACGCUGCCCAGCAGCAGCAUCGGCGAGGCCGAGGGCCUCGAGCACGCAUUCGGCAAGCAGGCAAGCUGGCCCCACCACGUUCCGAACAAGGCCGCGACGGCAGCUGGCGGUCGGGCCGAGCAAGACAUCAUCAGCAACCCGUCGGACGAGGUACAGUCCGACUUUGACGAGCGCGGCACGUUUGGCGGCCCGCUCGACCACAGCCACACCUCGGGUGAUCGUCUCAGCCAGGACUUCCGCUUCCCGCCGCAGCCGCAGCCCUCGCAGCACCAGGCCCACCAUCACCAUCAGCAGAACCAGCACCAACCUGAUUCGGCCGGCUCGCCGUUCCAGUUCAAGCCGCCCCGCACCGACACGCUCGGGCGCUCGGCCGGCUCGUCGUUCCUCAAUCCGGGCGCGAAAGAGUUCCGCUUUGGACAUGCUGACAGGGCGGACGACUACGACGGCCGCCGCGCUGGUGGCACGACUGUCGCAGGGCCGGACGGCCUCGCCAACUCGCAGGAGCAGCCGCAUCCGCACUUCCGCCUGCCCAGCAUCAACAACUCCAGCUUCGGUUCCAGCACCUUUGGGGACGUCGUCAGCCGCGCCCAGCCUAAGGCCGGCCAGCAGAUGCCGCCAUCGUCGUCCGCAACAUCGGCCGGCAGGUCUGGUGGCCUCAACGCCGCCGCGCCCUCCUUCACGCCCGGAGCCUUCACCUUCACUGCGCCUGGGGCGCAGCGCCUCGAGAUGCCUGCCGACACGCCGAGCCACAACGUGUCGAUCACCGUCGACGGCGCCGAAGGCGACGGGCGCGGAGCCCAGGGCCGCGAAAAGCGCCAGAAGUUUGGCCCGCUCGACGGCAUGGUCGACGACGACGGCUUCCUCCGCCCCGCAAGCCCGCCGCGCCUCAAGGGCUCGACGGCCACGAUCGAGGGACCGCUGCGUGACUUUGGCACGUUGUCGCGCCGCGGACCCCCACCCUUCGACGCCGGCGGCUUCGUUGGCCAGCGCACCGCUUCAGGAUCGCGCUUCAAGCCCGAUGCGCCUGUCUUCACCCCCUCGUGGGGACGAAGCACCAGUCUCAUCGGCUCGUCCGCUAGGCGUCCCGGACUGCCAGACUUUGGAUUUGGCGCGGUCGGCGAGUCGACCGAGCAGGCCGUGCCGGCAGCAUCCUCCAUCGCCUCUGGACUUCCAGCAGGCAACAAGGCGAUCCCAAUCCGCAAGCCGGACGAGUCUCACGAGCAGCACCAGCAGCGUCGUCCCAGCGGCCUCAGCGCGACCCGGGGCGAGGCCGAUGUGCCAUCCAACGAGGCCGACCUGGCUCGCAAGAUCGAGCGCGAGGAGGGUGGCGCCCUUGCGGCCACUUACCCGACCGCGGCCGAUGCCGGCUCGACGGACCUCGAGAGGACGCCGAUGGCCUCGAACUGGGAUCGCGUCCGGGGUGCCGAACGGGCGGAUGCGGCCGACUUUGGCCGCUCGCCGCCGGUUGCUAUCCCACGGCCGUCGUCGUACGAGCACCGCGGCAUGGCGCUGCCGGCUCCGAUCGACCAGCACCCGAUGUCGAGGAAGCAGCGCAUGGCGCACAAGCACACGCUCUCCCGCGACAGCGCUGCGAUGUCCGAGGACAGCCGGCCGCGUAGGAGUCACCUCCAUCCGUCGCACCACCACCACCAUCACCAUCAGCAACAUGCCCAAUCCAAUGCGUUCGACACCGACGACGAGAGCCUCACCGACUUCAUCGAGGAGCUGGCCGAGCGCAUGGACAAAGCGCUCGAGGGGUGGGCCGGCAAGAUCCUCGACGAGGUCACCAUCAUGGGCCAGGUGCGGCCCGUUCACCGUCCCGGCUCGGAUGCGCUGGACAAGGAGCAGAUAGUCGACACGUUUUCGCGCCGCGUCGAGGCGCUGAUGGACUUCUACGUCGACAAGGUGGAAAAGGCCGCUGCAGCUGCCGCUACCGCCACCUCGGCUGCUCGCCCGAGCCUGGACAACGGCGCGGCGCCAGGCGACGACUCGCAGACGACCAUCCGCGCAAUUGAGGCGCCUCACCGCCAACAGCUCGGCAACCUCGACACCCUCGACGCGGCAGGCGAGCUCGACUUCGACUACGUGCAGGACAUCCUAGACGUAAAGAUCCAGGACCUCAAGGAGGAGCUGAAGCGCACGUUUGCCGAGAGUCUGGCCGCUCGUGACGGAACUGAGCAUGCGGCUAAAGAAGCGGGCACGGCAGAGGGUGCGGACGCGGCACCCGCACCGGCACCCGCGCAGGCGCUGGAGCUGUCUACCGAGACGUCGGAGCAGCUGGCGUCGCUGCUGUCGGCGCGGCUGUCGUUGGCGCUCGGCGACCACGCACGUCACACGGCGACCGACUUCAAGGAGCAGCUCUCGGCCAUCUUGGAGCCGGCGCUGGACGAGCAGGCGACGCGCUCGCAGAACAAGGCGGCGGCCGACCGCCUCGAGACGGCACACCUCGUCGCCGACCAGAUGAAAGAGCGCAUCGACAGCCUCGAUCGCGCCCUCGUCGACGUGCGCUCCUCGUUUGGAGAGCACGUGCAGAUGGCGCUAAUCAACAACCUCCUGCCGCACCUCGAGACGCUCCGCACCGAGCCGGUCAACGGCGACCUGAUCGCUGCCCGCGUCACAGAGAUCCUCGCGCCCAUGAUCAGCGACGAGCGCGAGCGCCGGCGCGCCGAGCGGAGGGCGAGCGACGAGCUGGUCCGGUCACCUAGCUUCUCGGCCGAAGCCGUCGCCGAAGAGACGCUGAGCAAGCUGAUCCCGAUCGUGUCGAGCCUCAAGAGCGACCCCGUCGACUCGGACGCGCUCGUCGGCCGGCUGAGCGAGGUGAUCGGCAAGCAGUCGAUCGAGCACCUGGUCGACCUGAGCCCCGUCAUCGCGCUGCUCGAGCCCAUCAUCGCCAAGCAGGAGGACAUCCGCUCCUUCACGAAGAAGAUGAUCGACCGCCAGGAUGAGGUGGAGCGCACCAUGUCCGAGUUGCCGGGCGCCAUCAACGCCAAGACCGAGAUCUUCCUGUCUGCCGCUGGCGAGACCCAAGGCACGUCGUCGAGCAUCCUCUCGCGAGUCGAGAAGCUGCACGAGCUGCUGUCGGAGAUGGGCAGCUCGAAGCUGCGCGACGGCCCUUCGGACCGCGAGGCCGAGCUUGCCGAGUCGCUGCAGUCGACGCGCGAGGAGUCGCAGCGCCUCACGACCGAGCUCCACGCCGUCCGCGCCGAGCUCUCGUCGGCGAAGGACGACCACGCCGCACACCGGGUCGAACUUGUCAAGCUCGAAAGCAAGCUGACCGAAGCCGAGAAGAGCCGCGACGAUGCCGUGGCGCAGGCCGACUCGGCCAAGGCCAGGGAGUCAUUGUCGCUCGACAGAGUGCUUGAGGCCGAAAAGCAAUUGCUCCAGUCCGAGUCGGGGGCGCGCGAGGCGCGGCUGGCGACCGAGACGGCGGCCAAGGAGGCGGCCAUGUUCAAGGCGCACAUUGAGCAGCUCGCCGUCGAGCUCAACGAGGCACGAGAGGAGCGGGCGCGCGAGCGCGAGGCGGCGGCUCAGGCGACGGCCGAGGCGCUGGCGCGAGCCGAACGUGCCGAGCGGCAAGCCGUCGAGGCCGAGAAGCGGGCCGACGACCGUGUCGACGCCAGCCUCGCCGCCGAGCGACGUGCGCAGGCCGAGAUCAAGGAGGCGGUCGAGCGAGCUGCCAAGGCCGAGGGCCAGGCUGCGUCGCUCGAGAAGCGCGUGGCGGACCAGGACGCCAAGAUCGCCAACCUGCAGGCGCUCUCGGCCGCCCAGAAGCAGAAGAUGGCGACCAACCAGCAGAAGCUGAGCGAGGCCGAGAAGAAGACACGCGACUUUGACAUCCAGGCCAAGGACCUCGCCGUCGCCGCCGCGAGGCUCGAGGAGCUCGAGGACCGGGUCAAGGACGACGAGGAGCUCCGCGACAGGCUGCGCGAUGCCCAAGACGGCGAAGCACGACUCCGCGACGAGGUGGCGCAAUACCACGCGCGCUUCUCGGAGCUGGAGAAGGACCUCAUCACGAUGAAGGAGAGCCUCGUCGGUCGCGACGAGCUCGAGGCCUGCCAGGCCGAGCUGGCCCAGAACCGGGAAGAGGUGGCGCGGCUCAAGGGUCAAUUGGCCGAGCGCGAGCGGUUCCAGGCCGACGGCGGCUGGGUCGAUGUCUCGUCGGAGGGCAGCAGACCGCACAAGACGGCUGCAGCUACUGCUGCCACGGUCCCGAACGGAAGCGGCGGUGCCUGGUCAUCGAUCCACGCGCCCGGCGCGAUGACGCCCAGGCUCGGGUCGGAUGCACGCAACCGAUACGGGCUGGGCCAAGACACGGCCGUUUCUGCGUCGGCGACGCCCGCCGACUCGUCGGCCGAAUUCAGCAGCCGCCAGAGCGGCGACUACGCGGCCGCGCGCCGACCUGCGGCCAACAGAUCCAUGUCGAUUGCCAGCAGCAUCAUGCGCGAGGUCGAGCAGGACGAUGGCGGUUGGUGGAGCUGA